CUCGCGCUUCUUGAUUCAAUCAACCAGACUAGCCUCUACCACUACACAAUGUCGUGCAUUCUUGGUAUCCAGGUUAAGGAAAACAGGGGCUCUAACACAAUUCCUCAACUUAACGUUACUUUAUACUUUAUGGGCGAGUCAUACCACGCCGUAGCUGUUGGUAUCAAUGCCUUUUCCAAUGCAUUAAUACGCUAUCAGCAAGCCCUAAACACAUGCCUUCUGGAACCCUUUACUGGACCCCGAAUUCUUGCCGCCAAUCAACCUCUUCCAGAAACUGAUAUAGAACGCGCUCAGAGUAUGUCCAGCAUCCAGGGUCUACAGAAUGUUAUUGGUGCCGCAUUUCCUCUCUCCGCCAACCUCCUAAUUGCUGUAUCUUUCUUGUCGGCCAGUAUCUCUCUUUGGCUCGUUCAUGAAAGAGCCUGCAAAGCAAAGCAUUUACAAUUUGUCUCUGGUGUGCAUCUCAGUAUGUACUGGCUUUCAACCUAUAUCUGGGACAUCUGCAUGUUCGUGAUCAUAUCAGGUCUUAUUCUGGCCAUAAUCGUGCAGUACAACGUCGAAGUCUUCAUGUUCGGCACCGAACGUCUUUUAAUGAUCUUUAUUACAUUCCUCCUUUUUGGCUGGGCCUCUAUUCCACAGAUGUAUCUCCUCUCGUAUUUAUUCUCAACUCCAGCUUCGGGUCUAGUUGGCAUGGGCGCUUUCAGCAUUAUUUCCGCCUUUCUUGCCUCUCUUACUGUGAUGCUACUUAGUCUUCCUCAGAUUUCCCUACAAUUAGUCGCCAUCAGACUCUCCCGUGCAUUCAGUGCUAUCUUUCCAUCAUACGCGUUCGUGAGUGCUCUGUUCUUAAUAGUACAGAACUACGAAUUUCGCAAGAUUUGCGACAAUCCACUCAUAGAUGUUAUCUGCGAAAAUCCUGAAGUCACAAUGCCUUGUUGUUUAGGUGAGUUGACUCGGCUGCUGCUUGUUCCCUAUUAA